AUGGAGAAUAUCUUCCUUGGAAAAUGGAAGAAAUUAGAGUUGAGUUGGAAGUGUACAAAGAUGUGGAUGUGUAAGUUAAUGAACAUGAAUUGGGUGUUUUGUAAAAGCAUUUUAAUUGUUUCUGUAUUCUAAGAAUGCCAAAUAUACAUUGUGUUUUUACUUGUUUUUGUGUCGUUUACGCACACCAUUAUCAUUGCAUUAUCAUUCCAUUUAGAUGAAGAAAAAAAAGGACCUUUAUCAACAAAGGUAAAUUGUCCCAAGUGGCCUUCUCAUAUGAAGCGUCUGCACCGCAGGCUAACUUUAUAGUUCAUAUACGCAUAAUUUAAUUAUAUAUGAGCUUUUGCAGUACAGACUGCAAACGUGCUAUAGCACGAGUCAUGCCUCCAAGACCAAGAGUGGCAAUUAGGCAAGCCUGAAAAUUAACUUGACCAGCUGAAUGAAAUAUGCUUCGCGAAAUGCACAAUUUUGACGGCCACGCGGCUAGUAUUGUAAAGACUAAAGACAAAUUCCAUUGGGCAGAUUAACAGUGGGUUGCGAACAUAAUCUGUCGAAAUGACUAUCUCGGCACUGGUGAUUGGUAGUCAUUUCUUUUGAUCUCACCUGAUUGCAUUUUGUUUUCUAUUUGUUUUCAGUUGGACAAAGCACGAGAAUGCUGAACAAAGAUGAACUGGGACGCGUCAUUUUAUCAUACGAACAAGAAGCCCGGAGGGUAAGGAUGAUGAAUUCAUUAUUUAAAGCACAUUUUUUUUCUAUUGUGUACUGAGAACUUAGAUACUAUUCAUUAAAAUCCAGUCAUUAAAAUCUUAACCAAUUAAAGCUUUGACGGAAUAACGAAAGAGUACGAGUAAAAGCACAUAACUUAAUAUUAAUUGAGUUUCUUUAUUAGGUGCUAAUUCGUAUUUUUCAAUUAUUUUAGGUUUAUCGUGACGGUGGUGAAAAUGAUGGCAAUGCUGGUGACGAUGCUGAUUUUGAAUGGUGUUAUGCACUUGUCAUCUCGCGUGACCACUAAAUUUUAAAUCAUUUUAAAAACGGGCCGCAUGCAAUACUACAUAUAAUAUAGCAAAAAUAAUAGUUAGGGUAAAUGGUACUUGAAACAAAAUAAUUUUUUAGUCUUAUUUGCCGCGUUAUUUCAUUUAGAAGAAGAAAAUCUUUACCAGGUCAAGCCUGUGCGCCGGGGCGGUCUUUUGACUGCCCAACAAUUACAAGGUGUGCGGGACGGGCACAUGAUGUGCGCAGACAUGCGCAAGCAUGUGCUGCGCAUGAUAUUGCCAAACACAAUUCUUGCAGGUAACAACAUUUUUUUUAAAGUAACCAUGUGUAAACUGUCAAAUGCAUGAGAGCCAGAUAUAUUCCUGUAAAACGUAACCUAACUCAUUAAUAGGAGAUUUUUUUGUAUGUUACGUAACACGUGCUCAAAACUAAUGCGUAUAAUAUACCACUUGAGGUUACGACUACAUUCAAAAUUUUUAUUUUUCGAUACGUUUCUCAAUCGGCAAACAAACUUAAAAAGUACAUUUAGUGCUUUAUCUGUAAAAUAAUACAAAAAUUAAGAGAUUUCAGAUGAUACGCCAAUGAGAAAAUGAUGUCUGAAGUUCAGUAAGUUUUGCUUAUAUGGUUGUAAAUAUAUGGCGUCAAUUUUAAAGCAUCAUUGAUAUUUGUAUUUUAAUUGACAAUUUUUAACUAUUAUUUUAUGUUUCUCAACCGGCAGAUGCAUUUAAAAAAGUAGUUAACUCUAUAAACUAGAGAAUAAAGCUAAAACAAAGUAAUUUUGAGAGGAACGCCAAAAAGAUUUUAGGUUUUGAACACUUUUCAUUGCAAAUACGUGACAUUGAAAAACAAUUGCCUCUUAAUCGUUAAUCCUAACUUAUGAAUGCUAACACUUUAAUUCCAAAUCCUAGCUCAUGUAUGGAUACGCCCACGGAUACGCCACGCCAUUUCACGUCAUAUUCACGUCGUCUUUGACGUCCGCGUCCUCGAUCUAAAUCUGUCUAUUAUCCGCAUUUUACAACAUUUCGCAACGAAACCUUGGAGUAUUACUACUUUCGUGAUGCUGUUUCAAGCUGUAAUGAAAUAUUUGUUUAUAUAAAAAUUUUAGUUCUAAGGUGAAAGGUCCAUUCAAAUUGGUAAUUUUAACUAUUCCAUGUUUUUACAGUUUGUUUCUUUUACUUAUCUAGGGACGAACGUUGUUGAACACAACUUUAACGUCCGGCGAAUCCCCCAUUUUUGGCGGCGCGUCGGGCGUCCAGAGUAUUGGCCAGAGGAUGUGGCAUGGUAAUCGCCAUCAACAACAGCACAAAGUAUAGUUGAUACUAUUAAUAUUUUCCCAUAACAUCAUCGUUGCGCGUCUUUAUGGUCGAUUUAAGGCUCAUUUAUACGAUGCGGCUAAUCGUAGACGACUGUCAUUCUGGCGUAUGAAAAGCACUGCUGUAUGACGCGCAUGGUGUAAGUGUCGAUAUCAAUGUGAACAAUGUUGCCACAAAUUUUGAGUAAUUUAGAAGUUUCAAAGGCAACUGGAAUGGAUAACAUACUUGGGGCCGGUUGUAUAAAAAAGCGGUUGUGUAAGAAAGUAGCCAGAUAAUCAAUAUUUUCCUUGUUUUCGCAUAACAUCAGAAAUUAUUGAAUGACGAAAAUGAGUACGAGUAUAAGCAUAUCACAUAAUAUUACUAUUCAGUUUCUUUAUUAGGUGCUAAUUCGUAUCUUUCAACUAUUUUAGCUUCAUCGUGAUGGUGGUAAUGUUGGUGGUGAUGAUGGUGGUAAUGAUGGGGUGGUGAUGGGGGUGGUCAUGGUGGUGAUGAUGGUCAUGGUGGUGGUGGUGGUGGUCGUGCUGGAGGUCCUGUUCGUCGUGUUCGUCAUCUUCGUCGUUUUGUGGAUCACCUUGUCCUCGGUCGAAAUAUUGAGGAUGUUUUUGGCUGUGGGAAUCAUAUUGGUGGUGAUGGUCGUCGAAGAGAUGCUGGUGGUGGUAAUGGUGGCCGUGGCGGUAAUAAUGGUGGUGGUGGAAAUGAUGGUGGUUGUGGUUGAAGUGGCAAAGUCUGGUCGGUUUCGAUGAAAGUGAAUUCAAACAGCAAAAGACAAGCUUGACAGGCAUCACGACAGUGGAGUUGAUAUGGUGGAAAUGAUGGUGGUGGAAAUGAUGGUGGUGAAGUGGGUGGUGGUGGUGAUGGUGGAAAUUAUGGUGGUGAUGGGGGUGGUGGUCGUGCUGGAGGUCCUGUUCACCGUCAUCUUCGUCGUUUUGUGGAUCAUUAUGGCCUCGGUCGUAAUAUUGAGGAUGUUUCUGGUCGUGGUGGGAAUCGUAUUGGUGGUGAUAAUGUUGGUGAUGGUCGUCGAGGAGAUGCUAAUGAUGGUGGUGGUAAUGAUGGCGGUGGCGGUAAUAUACUUUGUGUCGUUUAGGUACACCUGUGUUAAAGACGCAAAUACAGCAUGCUGUGGAGCAAAUUGUACGAGAUUAUUUGGGAGGAAUCGAGCUGCAAGAAGAGGAACCCGGUAAAUAUAAAUGAAAGGCCAUUAUAACGCUAAACAAGCGACUCUUAAUACUUAAUUGUGUUUAGGCUUACACAAUAUUUAAUUUUACUGUAUUAUAAUUUUAUGUUAAUUGUAACACAAAGGACCAUAUCAGCUCAACCAAACAACUAAGCAGCCAAUAUAUCAUAGAUCGAACCACUUGAAAUGAUUAAAUAUCUACCUAUAUAUGGCUACAACCCUGGACCUGUUUAAAAGUUAAACCACUAUGAUCAGAAAAAUUUUGAUCUGGCAUUCUCAAUUUCAUUAAUUAACAAUUAAUGUUGCAGUUGGAGAGAGAAACAGAAUGCUCACAAAAGCGGAGUUGACGCGUAUUAUUAUAUCGUACGAAGAAGGAAGGAGGGUAAGGAUAACUAAUUCAUUAUUUAAAGCAUGUUCUCAUUCGUUUGUGUACUGAGAACUUGGAUACCUAAAUAACAGUGAAGUUAUUCAAUAAAACCCAGACAUUAAAACCUAACCAAUUAAAGCUUUCACGGAAUGACGAAAAUGAGUACGAGUAUAAGCAUAUCACUUAAUAUUACUAUUCAGUUUCUUUAUUAGGUGCUAAUUCGUAUCUUUCAACUAUUUUAGCUUCAUCGUGAUGGUGGUAAUGUCGGUGGUGAUGAUGGUGGAAAUGAUGGUGGUGAAGUGGGUGGUGGUGAUGAUGGUAGAAAUUAUGGUGGUGAUGGGGGUGGUGAUGACGGUGAUGGUGGUGAUGGGGGUGGUGGUGGUCGUGCUGAAGGUCCUGUUCACCGUCAUCUUCGUCGUUUUGUGGAUCAUUAUGGCCUCGGUCGUAAUAUUGAGGAUGUUUUUGGUCGUGGUGGGAAUCGUAUUGGUGGUGAUGUUGGUGAUGGUCGUCGAGGAGAUGCUAAUGAUGGUGGUGGUAAUAAUGGCGAUUUUAAAGUAUUAUAAUUUUAUGUUCAUUAAUUGUAACACGAAAGACCAUACUAGCUCGAUCAACCAAACAACUAAUCAGCCAAUCAUUUGAUAACGUUAAAGUGCUACAUCGUGAAUUGAAGCUGCUGGUGUUGGUCCUGUUCGUCGUGUUGGCCGUAUUCGCGAUGCUGCUGGUCUUGGUAGAGCUGUUCAGAUGACGUUUUUGGUCGUGCUCAACUAUUUCAGUUUCAUGGCGGGUGGUAGUGGGCGAUGGUGGUGCUGCUGGUGGCGGCCGCUGUGGUUGGUACGACAGUACGAGUAUAUAUUUCGAGUUAUUUCUUUUACGAUACCCCUACGGUGUUUUAAUUUUUUUAGGAUGAAUUUGAUGUGGUAUAUCACUACCACAAAAAGAGGAAUUUAGACGAAAAGAUAAGUUGAUUUAGCCUACAUGUUUUAUGGCUGGAUGGAUGUUCAUUCAAUUGGGUCUCUUGACCGGAGAGACCCGACGGUCCUGGCUUACUUAGACGGCCAUGGCAUAUUGAAAGUGGCAGGUACGGUACAUUUUAUUUUAGAACAAUAGGAAAGCGAUAAAAUUUCCACUCCGUUGCUCCAUGUCCUUAACCGGCAAGACGUAAAUGAAGUAGAAUGGCUGCAUGAUUAAACGAGAGAUAUUGCUUCGCGUAAUAUUCCGAAACGCCGUUUUUAUUGAAUAUAUUAAAUUAAUUAAACUUAGUUUCACUUGAUUGUUAACUAAAAAACAAAGAUCCGACUGCAAUUUACUUUUCCCAAUGCUUAAUACAGUUGCCAGCUGCUGCCUCUAUAUAUUAACUGAAAUUUAUGUUUUCUAUAGGUUACGGCAUUUGGGUCUCUUCACCGGAGAGACCCGAUGGUCCUAAUUUAUUUAGACGGCCAUGGCGUGUUGAAAGUGGCAGGUACGGUACAUUUUAUUUUAUUUUAGAACAAUAGGAAAGCGAUAAAAUUUCCACUCCGUUGCUCCAUGUCCUUAACCGGCAAGACGUAAUCAAGUACAAUGGCGUCAUGAUUAAACGAGAGAUAUUGCUUCGCGUAAUAUUCCGAAACGUCGUGUUUAUUGAAUAUGUUAAAUUAAUUAAGCUUAGUUUCAUUUGCUUGUAAAUUAAAAAAAAACAAAGAUCCGACUGCAAAUUACUUUCCCAAUACUUAAUACAGUUACUGCCUCUAUAUAUGAAUAGCUAAAAUUUAUGUUCUCUAAAAGGUACAUAUACCAAAAAUAAUAGGGUAAAUGGUACUUUAAAUACGUUGUUAGUCUUAUUUGCCGCAUUAUCAUUUCAUUUAGACAAAGAAAAUCUGUAUCAAGUCAGACCAAUACGCCCCGGCGGUCAUAUGACCGCCCAACAGUUAGAAGCAGUACGGGAGGGAAGAAUGAAAUGCGCAGGCAUGUGUUGCGCAUGGUAUUACCAAAUUCACUUCUUGCAGGUAACAAUAUUUUUUCAAAGUAAUCAUGUGUAAACUGCCUGAUGGAAAGGCGGUCUUAUUUGUUACAUUAUCAUUCCAUUUAGAAGAAGAAAAAAGGACCUUUAUCAACAAAAGGUAAAUUGUUCCAAGUGCAUGGACUCCUCAGAAUGCCCAAGUAGAAGAAAUUAGACUUUAUAGACUGAUGCCAAGUGCGCCCUGGCGGUCUUUUGACCGCCCAACAAAUGGAAAAUGGUACUUGAAACAAAAUAAUUUUUUAGUCUUAUUUGCCGCGUUAUUUCAUUUAGAUGAAGAAAAUCUCUACCAGGUCAAGCCUGUGCGCCCGGGCGGUCGUUUGACUGCCCAACAAUUGCAAAGUGUGCGGGACGGGCACAUGAUGUGCGCAGACAUGCUCAAGCAUGUGCUGCGCAUGAUAUUGCCAAACACAAUUCUUGCAGGUAACAACAUUUUUUUUUAAAGUAACCAUGUGUAAACUGUCAAAUGCAUGAGAGCCAGAUAUAUUCCUGUGAAACGUACCCUAACUCAUUAAUCGUUAAUCCUAACUUAUGAAUGCUAACACUUUAAUCCCAAAUCCUAGCUCAUGUAUGGAUACGCCACGCCAUUUUGACGUCAUUUUCACGUCGUCUUUGACGUCCGCGUCCUCGAUCUAAAUCUGUCUAUUAUCCGCAUUUUACAACAUUUCGCAACGAAACCUUGGAGUAUUACUACUUUCGUGAUGCUGUUUCAAGCUGUAAUGAAAUAUUUGUUUAUAUAAAAAUUUUAGUUCUAAGGUGAAAGGUCCAUUCAAAUUGGUAAUUUUAACUAUUCCAUGUUUUUACAGUUUGUUUCUUUUACUUAUCUAGGGACGAACGUUGUUGAACACAACUUUAACGUCCGGCGAAUCCCCCAUUUUUGGCGGCGCGUCGGGCGUCCAGAGUAUUGGUCAGAGGAUGUGGCAUGGUAAUCGCCAUCAACAACAGCACAAAGUAUAGUCGAUACUAUUAAUAUUUUCCCAUAACAUCAUCGUUGCGCGUCUUUAUGGUCGAUUUAAGGCUCAUUUAUACGAUGCGGCUAAUCGUAGACGACUGUCAUUCUGGCGUAUGAAAAGCACUGCUGUAUGACGCGCAUGGUGUAAGUGUCGAUAUCAAUGUGAACAAUGUUGCCACAAAUUUUGAGUAAUUUAGAAGUUUCAAAGGCAACUGGAAUGGAUAACAUACUUGGGGCCGGUUGUAUAAAAAAGCGGUUGUGUAAGAAAGUAGCCAGAUAAUCAAUAUUUUCCUUGUUUUCGCAUAACAUCAGAAAUUAUUGAAUGACGAAAAUGAGUACGAGUAUAAGCAUAUCACAUAAUAUUACUAUUCAGUUUCUUUAUUAGGUGCUAAUUCGUAUCUUUCAACUAUUUUAGCUUCAUCGUGAUGGUGGUAAUGUUGGUGGUGAUGAUGGUGGUAAUGAUGGGGUGGUGAUGGGGGUGGUGAUGGGGGUGAUGAUGGUCAUGGUGGUGGUGGUCGUGCUGGAGGUCCUGUUCGUCGAGUUCGUCGUGUUCGUCAUCUUCGUCGUUUUGUGGAUCACCUUGUCCUCGGUCGAAAUAUUGAGGAUGUUUUUGGCUGGGGGAAUCAUAUUGGUGGUGAUGGUCGUCGAAGAGAUGCUGGUGGUGGUAAUGGUGGCCGUGGCGGUAAUAAUGGUGGUGGUGGAAAUGAUGGUGGUUGUGGUUGAAGUGGCAAAGUCUGGUCGGUUUCGAUGAAAGUGAAUUCAAACAGCAAAAGACAAGCUUGACAGGCAUCACGACAGUGGAGUUGAUAUGGUGGAAAUGAUGGUGGUGGAAAUGAUGGUGGUGAAGUGGGUGGUGGUGGUGAUGGUGGAAAUUAUGGUGGUGAUGGGGGUGGUGGUCGUGCUGGAGGUCCUGUUCACCGUCAUCUUCGUCGUUUUGUGGAUCAUUAUGGCCUCGGUCGUAAUAUUGAGGAUGUUUUUGGUCGUGGUGGGAAUCGUAUUGGUGGUGAUAAUGUUGGUGAUGGUCGUCGAGGAGAUGCUAAUGAUGGUGGUGGUAAUGAUGGCGGUGGCGGUAAUAUACUUUGUGUCGUUUAGGUACACCUGUGUUAAAGACGCAAAUACAGCAUGCUGUGGAGCAAAUUGUACGAGAUUAUUUGGGAGGAAUCGAGCUGCAAGAAGAGGAACCCGGUAAAUAUAAAUGAAAGGCCAUUAUAACGCUAAACAAGCGACUCUUAAUACUUAAUUGUGUUUAGGCUUACACAAUAUUUAAUUUUACUGUAUUAUAAUUUUAUGUUAAUUGUAACACAAAGGACCAUAUCAGCUCAACCAAACAACUAAGCAGCCAAUAUAUCAUAGAUCGAACCACUUGAAAUGAUUAAAUAUCUACCUAUAUAUGGCUACAACCCUGGACCUGUUUAAAAGUUAAACCACUAUGAUCAGAAAAAUUUUGAUCUGGGAUUCUCAAUUUCAUUACUUAACAAUUAAUGUUGCAGUUAGAGAAAGAAACAGAAUGCUGACCAAAGCGGAGCUUGCACGAAUUAUUAUAUCGUACGAAGAAGAAGGAAGGAGGGUAAGGAUAACUAAUUCAUUAUUUAAAGCAUGUUCUCAUUCGUUUGUGUACUGAGAACUUGGAUAUUUAAACAACAGUGAAGUUAUUCAAUAAAACCCAGACAUUAAAACCAAACAAUUAAAGCUUUCACGGAAUGACGAAAAUCAGUACGAGUAUAAGCAUAUCACUUAAUAUUACUAUUCAGUUUCUUUAUUAGGUGCUAAUUCGUAUCUUUCAACUAUUUUAGCUUCAUCGUGAUGGUGGUAAUGUUGGUGGUGAUGAUGGUGGAAAUGAUGGUGGUGAAGUGGGUGGUGGUGAUGAUGGUGGAAAUUAUGGUGGUGAUGGGGGUGGUGAUGGCGGUGGUGGUGAUGAUGGUGGUGAUGGGGGUGGUGGUCAUGGUGGUGAUGGGGGUGGUGGUGCUGCUGGUCAUGGUGGUGGUGGUGGUGGUGGUGGUGGUGGUGGUCGUGCUGAAGGUCCUGUUCACAGUCAUCUUCGUCGUUUUGUGGAUCAUUAUGGCCUCGGUCGUAAUAUUGAGGAUGUUUUUGGUCGUGGUGGGAAUUGUAUUGGUGGUGAUAAUGUUGGUGAUGGUCGUCGAGGAGAUGCUAAUGAUGGUGGUGGUAAUGAUGGAGAUUUAAAAGUAUUAUAA